AGAUUCAGGCCGGCGUCUAAUAGAUCCUACACCAUCACCCAGAACCAGUCAAGCCAUGCGACGCAGAUGAUGUACCCCUGUGGGAACAUUCCCCUGCACCCACAACACACCCAGAGCCUCCAGCACGCACGACCAACCCAGUCGUUCCCGUUAUGGUCUAUCCAACAUGACCAAGACUCGUACGCGCAGACAGAGAAGGGCUCCGGCGCCAAUAACAAAGAUGGCAGCCCUUCGGUGCAGUCGUUAGAUCAGCCAGACGGGUCUACCCUGCAUUCUUCUGCGAUGAAUGCUCAGGCAUAUCGCAGCUUAUACCUUCAAGAACCUAUCCCCGCCGAGUAUUUUGGUAGUACUAUAGUUGACAACAGCCUAUGGGCGCGCAAAACCUGUGACGAUAUGGGCGGCUUUCCUCAGCUAGACCCGGACGGCUUCCCUCAACUGGACCCGGACGCGUCCGAGUUUGGACAUAGCAUGAUGGGCAAGGAUGACGACACUCCUAUCAUUGACCUCAGACAAUAUGCAGGAAUGAAAAACGAGCCCGACAUAACAACAUUCAACUCUAGCGCCUCCCGGCGCAUGUCGGAGUCGUCCUUUUCCAUGUCGAGUACUGGGGGCAUGGCAGAAGUGUCGACCUACGAGGACAUUUCAGCCUCUGAGGCUGUUUCAUACGCGUCAGACUGCGAGGCUUGGAGUAGCCUUGAGCAUGCGCCAAGCUUAAUGUCUCCGCUUGCUUCACCACGACAGUCUCAGCACGACUCGCACUCGGUGGUGCGGGGUGGCAGCCGCUCACGUGCCUCGCCGGCGUCGCGCAACAACAUGCGGUCAUCGCCGUAUACCGUGGACAGCGGCCGCUACAAGCGCUGGUCUACCGGCCAUGCGUCCACGUCGACCCCGACCGGCUCACGCAACAUCAACCAUGCCCAGGACCGGUUCGCCUCGUAUGGAGCCCGUCUUAACCCUCACCAUUCCAUGCCCGCCUAUCCGCAAAGCGCCUCGAAUAGCCUCCAGCUGCAUACCCAGAACGUGUUGUACUCCCAGCCCCAUCUACUACAAUCUAGUAACCCCGCGCUCUUUGCCUCGCCGGACCAGCCGUUCCAUCUUGAAGUGCCACGUCCCCUUCCCUCACAAGGCCUGUUUCGUUUGCUUCAAACUGAAACGGACCGGCAUAGUGGCUGCGCAGUGCAUUUUGCAGAUAUUUCAGACCCGCCGGAUCUAUAUUCGUCACUUCGCGGUGAUCCUUCCAAUCCCCCCGAAGCUGACAUGCAUCCCUCUGAUGUCGACCUGACCCCACAUGAGCAAAACCUUCGCUUUGGCGGCGACCUUUAUACUCCGCGAUGGGUACGAGUGCGUGGCAAUAAGCGCGAAGGCUGGUGUGGACUAUGCAAGCCCGGCCGAUGGCUUGCUCUCAAGAACAGUGCAUUUUGGUACGACAAGUCUUUUGCCCACGGAGUGAGCGCCGCCACAGGUGCCGCGUUCCAGGGGCCGCAAGAGACGAGACGGACGGAAGGUAACCUCGAUGUCUGGAAAGGUUUGUGCGGAAAAUGCGGGGAAUGGAUAGCCCUGGUGAACACUAAGAAGAAAGGAACUGCAUGGUUCAGACACGUUUACAAGUGUCACACCCACCCGAAAGUGAGAGAUUACCCUAGACGUCGUGCCCGCGCAGUGUCUUCUGCAUCCGCUACGUCGUCGUCCUAUCCGGCCAGCAAGGAAGCAUCUCAGGACUCACAUACUCUAAAUCUACCCGUGUCUUCUGCCAGCCAGAGUAUCACUACCAAAGUAUCGAAGAUCGAUCCCGCGUUCGAGCCUAAGCAGGAAACCAGUGAUCGGACUGUUCAGCCUACCACUACACUCGAUAUCAACGUUUGA